AUGGAUACCUUUGCCGAAGAGCUCGAGCUGAGCCUGCAGAACUGCCGCCUGCUCGUGGUGUCGCUGUUCCUGCCCCAAACCAUCGCCCAGAACAAACCCUGCCUCAGCCGCCAGCCCAGCACCAAGCGACUGGAGCGCCUGGCCCGACAGCAGGCCGCCAAUCUGGAAAAGAACUUUGCCAACUACCACGUCGGCCCCUCGACCUUGGGCAACAUUGGCCUCCAGAACGCCGUCAACUCGCUGAAGGACCAGAUCCGAUCCAAAGUCUGGAUCGGCUCGCUCGGCACCUCGACCGAGUCGUACUCGGACGAUUUCAAGAGCGCCAUCACCCAGAAGCUCACCACCGAGUACGAGUCGAUGCCUGUGUUCCUGAGCGACGAAGAAGUCGAGGGCCACUACAAUCAGUUCUGCAAGCAGGUGUUGUGGAAGCCGUUCCACUACCAGCUUCCCGAUUACCCCAAGGGACAGGCCUAUGAGGAGCUUUCGUGGAGACAGUACGUUUCGGUCAACCGCAAGUUUGCCGAGACCAUUGCCGAAGUGUAUCGCCCGGGCGAUGUGGUCUGGAUCAACGACUACCACCUGAUGCUUGUGCCCUCAAUGCUCCGCAAACUGGUGCCCCAGGCCAUCAUCGGCUUUUUCCUGCACAUUCCCUUCCCCAGCUCGGAGAUCUUCCGCUGUCUCCAUGUCCGCAAGCAUAUUCUCGAAGGCAUGCUUGGCGCCGAUCUAAUUGGAUUCCAGACCCACUCCUUCAUGCGCCACUUCCUCAACACUUGCACCCGCCUGCUUGCUGUUGAAACCAAGCCGGGCUCGGUGCUGUUGGACAACAGCAUUGCCACGACGGGUAUCUUCCCGAUCGGAAUCAACCUUUUGGCACUCAACGAGAAACGAAACAACCCCGAGGUCUCGGAGCUGAUUGCUUCGCUCAAAGAAAAGUAUGCCGGCAAGAAGAUCCUCAUCGGCCGCGACAAGAACGACCACGUCAAGGGUCUGCGACAGAAGAUGCUGGCUUACGAAAAGUUCUUGCAGCUCCACCCCGAGUGGCACGGCAAGGUUGUGCUCAUCCAAGUGGCCCUGCCCACGACCGAGGAGAAUGAAAACGAGACGCACGUGUCUGAUGUCGUCACCCGCAUCAACGCCAACUUUGGCUCGCUCGAGUUUAGUCCCGUGGUCUACCUUCCGCAGGACAUCUCGUUCAGCCACUAUGUGGCCCUGCUGUCGAUCGCCGACGGCUGCCUAAUCACGUCGCUCCGCGAUGGCAUGAACCUCACGUCGCAUGAGUACGUGGCCUGCCAGGAAGAGAAGCACAGCCCCCUGAUCAUCAGCGAGUUCGCGGGAACCUAUGGCAGCUUUGGUGCAGCCCUGCGCGUCAACCCUUGGGAUGCCCACGAGGUCGCCAGUGCGAUUCAUGAGACUCUCGUCAUGACGGAGGAAGACAAGCUCAACCGAUGGAAGGAGCUAUACAGCUACAUUGCCACACACAGUGCUCAAAACUACGUCGAGAGCUUUGUCAACGAGCUCAUCCGAUCGUUCAACGAGAACCAGAACAACAUCCCCAGCCACAUUCCGGUCCUGACCAGCGACACCAUCAAGGAGUUCCACGACGACAGCGAAUAUCGUCUCUUCCUCCUCGACUACGAUGGCACACUCGUGAACGAACGCGACGUCUUCCUGCCGAGCUCCCGAGGUGUCCAGGCCGCCGUUCGCUUGGCUGAGGACCCAAAGAGCAUUGUCUACAUCAUCAGUGGCCGCCCCAAGACCGAGCUUCUGCGAGCCUUCGCCAGCUAUCCUCAGAUUGGACUCAGUGCCGAGAACGGAAGCUACCUCAAGCACGCUGGUCAAAGCGAAUGGCAAUCCUUUGUCGAUGAGCGCGACCUGUCUUGGCACCACGACGUCACCGAGAUCUUCCAGUACUACACGGCGCGUACGCCUGGCUCCUUCAUCGAGCCCGGCGACGUGCGCAUUGUGUGGAACUACAGCUUUGCGGACCAGAACUUUGGCGCCUGGCAGGCGGCCGAGUGCGCCAGCCACAUCCAGCAGUCGCUGGCCGGGCGCUAUUCGCUCCAGACCGUGCCCAAGAAGCGCAGUGUGCAGGUCAUGCCCCAGAGCACCAACAAGGGCGGCCUGGUCGUUCGACUGCUGAAGCACUACCAGAAAAAGUUCCUGCGCAAGGAGAUUGCCCAUCCCAUCGACUUUGUGCUUUGCGUUGGCGAUGACCGCACGGACGAAACCAUGUUUGAACGCCUCAACCUCAUCCACACCGGCGGCGGUGGCACAUACUCGGAUGUGCCCAUGAGCCCCAUCUCGCCGGCCUUGAGCCAGCUCUCGGAGAUCAAUCUGAAUGCCGGGUCGCCCGAGCACGAGGCGAUCGAGUCGGACCGCCACAGCAUUACGACCUUCCGCUCGAGUGACGACGCCGUCUACGGCGGGGGCCACCAUGCCACCGACGCCAGUGCUGCUGCCCCGCGGGCCAUCUUCACAUGCACGGUUGGCAGCAAGAGCAGCGCGGCCAAAUGGUUGAUACCCAACAUCGAAGAGGUUUUGAGGGUCCUGGACGAGCUGCAAAAGUAG